CCCACACACUCACCUGCACCCACACCCUGCCCCAGCACCCACACCAUGGCCGCCUCCACCCUGUCCGUCUGCUCCAGCGACCUGAGCUACGGCGGCCGCGUCUGCCUGCCCGGCUCCGGCGACUCCUGCCCCGACCCCUCCUGGCAGGUGGACGACUGUCCCGAGAGCUACUGCGAGCCCCCCUGCUGUGCCCCGGCCUCCUGCCUGACCCUCCUCUGCACCCCUGCGAGCUGCGGGUCCAGCCCCUGCCCACCAGCCUGCCCCGGCUCCUGCCAGCCCUCGUGCGGCAGCUGCUCCCCCUGCCAGGAGGGCUGCGGUGUGUCUGUCUGCUGCAAGCCCGUGUGCUGCACCCUUGUCUGCUGCAAGCCCGUCUGCUGUGAGGUAUCCCCUUGCUCAGCCUCCCCCUGCUGCCAGCAGUCUAGCUGCCAGCCGUCCUGCUGCAGCUCCUCCCCCUGCCAGGAAGACAGCUGUGUGUCUCUCUGCUGCAAGCCCGUGUGCUGCACCCCCGUCUGCUGCAAGCCCGUCUGCUGCACCCCUGUCUGCUGCAAGCCCAUGUGCUGUGAGUCCUCCCCCUGCUGCCAGCAGUCUAGCUGCCAGCCGUCCUGCUGCAGCUCCUCCCCCUGCCAGGAGGACAGCUGUGUGUCUGUCUGCUGCAAGCCCGUGUGCUGCACCCCUGUCUGCUGCAAGCCCGUCUGCUGCACCCCUGUCUGCUGCAAGCCCGUGUGCUGUAAGGCCUCCCCCUGCUGCCAGCAGUCUAGCUGCCAGCCCUCCUGCUGCAGCUCCUCCCCCUGCCAGGAAGACAGCUGUGUGUCUGUCUGCUGCAAGCCCGUGUGCUGCACCCCUGUCUGCUGCAAGCCCGUCUGCUGCACCCCUGUCUGCUGCACCCCUGUCUGCUGCAAGCCCGUCUGCUGCCAGGCCUCCCCUUGCUCAGCCUCCCCCUGCUGCCAGCAGUCUAGCUGCCAGCCUUCUUGCUGCAGCUCCUCCCCCUGUCAGGAAGACAGCUGUGUGUCUGUCUGCUGCAAGCCUGUGUGCUGCACCCCUGUCUGCUGCAAGCUCAUCUGCUGCAAGCCUGUCUGCUGCCAGGCCUCCUCCUGCUGCCAGCCCAGCCCCUGCAGACCCUCCUCCUGCGUGUCCCUCCUCUGCCGCCCCGUGUGCAGGCCCGCUUGCUGCGCCACCCCCUCCCCCUGUCAGCCCAGCUGCUGCCGCCAGGCCUCCAGCGUGUCCCUGCUGUGCCGCCCCGUGUGCUCCCGCCAGGCCUGCUGCGGCCCCUCCUCGGCCCAGAAGUCCUGCUGCUAAGUGAUCUUCAUAAGAGCACCCAAAGCUCGAGAGCCCACCUGCACACCCUGGAUUCUUUACUAAGCACCAAGUCAAGUAUCCAGUCCUCUUUCCUGGGCUCCUGCAGUGGACACUGGUCACCUGUUUCCCAUGGUGCAUUUGUCCCACUGACUUUCUUCAGGUACUAACUUUCCCCAAGUCAAUAUGCCCUGCCUCCUCCACCUGGAUUGGCAGUGACUUCAGCAAGGCCAGCUGGGCUCCCCCAAGCCUUUGAACCUCGUGGAGCGAAAGAAGACAAGAUAAAGUAUCUUUUCCAGAGCUGGUUUCUCACUAUUGCCCCUGGACCCGGUAUGGCCCUGGCUCCUCCACUGAUUCCUGAGCUUAUUUCUUCACCAACCCUCAUUCUGUAGCUGUCAGUCCCUCCAAUAAAUUCCUUUUAGAUCAA